CAUGGUUAAUAAAAUUUUAAAAAGACACAGUCUGUAACCAUAGAACAGCAGAAUUUUGAAGGUGUUUGCGCCUUGACUUCGUCAAACAACAAAAAUAUUUAUUUUUUGAUUUUUAAAGUUUAAAACAUAUAUUUCUAUUUAUUGUGACUGACAAAGAGUUUAAUGAUAUAUUUUAAAGUGAUUAAUUAGUUUUUAACUAUCAGACAUGCAAAGCAGCAUACACAUUAAGGAAUGGAAAGCUUAGAGCAACUUAAAACUAUAUUUAAUGAUAACUUAGCGUUAAAAACGUUAAUUAUAGCCGUGACAAUAUGUUUAAUAACUUUUUUGUACAGUAUUUUUAUGGGUCUUUAUUUAAUUGUUGCAUUCAUCAUAUCAUUAUCGCUCAUACUCUACAUAGUUCAAAGUCCAUCAAUUAAGAAGCAAUUUCAAGAUAUUAUACUUAAAUUAUUGAAAAUUAAUCAAAAUGCCCGAGAUCCAGGAGAUUCAGGCAACAACGCAAAAAUUAUCAUUGCUAAAGACCUUGACGCAACUUUAGAGAAUUUCUUCAAUAGAUUAUUAAAUCAAUUCAUUACUAGCUGGUACUCAAAUAUAUCAAAUGAUAGAUCCUUUUUGUGCAAUAUUAAAUUUGAGAUUGCUCAUGCUGUACGGAACUUGGCAAUAAGAUGCAAAGAUAUCGAUUACUCAAUGGUGAUUACAACAAAACUUCUACCUGUUGUCUAUACACAUAUUAAUGAAAUAAAGCAUUCCAUAAAGGCUGGUAGUAUCACCGAACAAGUGAAAUCAUAUGUCGCAGACAGUCAUCAAGUUCAUCCAGCCACAACAAGUAGAAAAGCAGAAAUCAAGUAUUUGCGUGCAUUAUCAGAAACUUUAAUCCCGUACCUUUUUUCAACCAGCAAUCUCAAUUGUAAAUCCUCUUUUGUAAUCGUACGAGAACUUUUUGCAAAUUGGAUAUUUUUGCCAAUAACAGAUAUUAUUGCGGAACCAGAUAUUAUUAAUAUGCUUGUGAUAUUAGCAACUAAUUCAAAGACAAGUCCAAUUAAGGAACUGAAUGAUAAGACAGAGGUUGAGCUUCUAGGAAAUUUUAGUAAACUAAUUGAAUCGGAUGAAAGCAACAGUGAGCAGCGUAUGGAUGGCAACUUUUUUAAUGAUCAAGAGAAACUGUACAACUUUAUGCAGUUCUUAAAGAGUAAGAACUGUAAGGAUGUUGAAAUCCUUAAAUUUGUGCUAGAUGUUGAGCACAUGAAUGCAGAACUAGACAAGAGAAGUGUCAUUUGUGAUCCAAUUAAGCUAUCAAAUCUCCAACAAAUGUCUGAGAAAUUACUGCUGCUUUAUAGGGAUAAUUUAUUUGAUGGGGAUGAAGGAACUAUGCCAAAAGACUUGAUUCAGUGCUAUAGACAUGCUAGAAAAUAUUUGGAAUAUAAAUGGAAAUAUGAUUUCUACAAAAGUGCCGAAUACUACAAGUAUAUUUAUGGGGAUCGAGAACAAUUUAAUACAUAUAAACCUGAUACUGAAGAUGUCGCUGGAUCUUCAGAUAUUUCAAGUCAAAAGCUUGCAGUUCGAAUCAAAAAUGCAAUGUCUAUGAAAAUUGCUGUUGACGGCAUUGAAGAAGGUGAUAUUCAAGUUUUUGAUGCCCUAGACAUCGUGAAUCCAAUCAGUCCAUUCAACUCGAUGGCAGUUAGACUCAGAAAAGAGAAAGGACAAGAUUUAGAUAAUUUUAUGAAGACAUUCUAUCACUCAAUAGAAUCAGAAGCUGAUAUGGGUGAGGAUAUUGUGAAAACGCAGACAAAGCAUGAGAGGCAACGUAGUAGAAUUAAAUUUGGAAAUAUAGAAUUAUAUCAAAAUUUAUUUAACAUUACUGGACAAUCGACAGUCGCUCCAAUAACCAUUUCAUCAUUUAUUAAGACUCCAACACAAAGUUUUUUGUACUUCUUAGCUGAAAUUAUCAAAUUUAAUGACAUUAUUCUCAGGAUAGCUACUGGAUUCUUAAAUUUCUUACCAAAUUCUGACAUGCUGAUUUGUCUCUCAAUUCGAAAAAUAGCCGAGAAGUUGAUUAAUCAAGCAAUACUUGCACAUCUCAUUAAGGAACUCGAAGAAAAGAUAUUCGAUCAGAAAUCGAAGCAGCAAUCGAGCAUAAAGGAAUUGAUUGGUAGGAAGAAUUUAGCGAUGGAACGACUGGAUAAAAUUAAGGAUGGAUUAUCAAAUAAUCUUGUGCUCUUACAAAAUCCAGUAUUUAAUAAAAAUUUGGCUUAUUGCCUUCUUGAUACAAUUAUAAUUGAGGCAUUUAGUGAACUGGAUCCUAAUACUUUGCCAAAAUCCUGAAAACUAUGUAGAAUUAUCAAUAAAACAAGAGAUAUUAUUUAAUUAA